AUGGGUCACUCACAAAUCUUCGAUUCCGCUCGAAAUUUCGCAGUUAUGAUCAGAAUUCGCGAUCCUGACCCAAAAGGAAUGAAGAUGAGAAAACACGCUUUUCAUCAUUACCGUUCUGGCGAGACAACUCUUUCUGCUUCUGGGUUGCUUGUACCUGAUUCCCUUUGUGAUACUCAAGUAGCUAAGCGUUUAUAUGGUGAUAAGUUUGAGGAUAGGGUGUUGGUUGUGACGGUUGCUUCGGUUGUUGAGCCCUUUCUAUCUCCUCAACAUAGGGAGAAUAUUCCUCAGGGUAGGCCUGAUUUGAUUUCUGGUGUUCGGAUUGAUAUUAUGACAGAGAAAACCAAUGAAGAAUCUGAUCAAGGAACUCCGAGUUGGCUUGAGGGGCAGCUAUUGUCAUUAGUUGAUAUCCCUGCUUCAGCCCUUUGUGUCCAGUCACUUGUUGAAGCAUCUCUAAGCUUGUCAGAGCAUGAAUGGGAGGUUGGUUGGUCUUUGGCAUCUCUGAAUAACGAAUCUCAUCCCUCUAAAGAUAAUUUUCAAACUCAGGGGAAGAUAUCGGAGGGAGGAUCGGGCAGUGCAAGUGUUAUGUGCAAAUCACUGACUAGAAUGGCCAUUCUUAGUGUUUCUUUAUCUCUCAAGGACUCACUGAACUAUCAAAAACCUUCCAUGAAUAAAAGGGGUGAUUUCCUUUUGGCAGUUGGGUCUCCCUUUGGAGUCCUCUCAUCUACACACUUCUUUAACAGUUUAUCAGUUGGAUGCAUUGCAAAUUGUUAUCCGCCUAAUUCAUCUGAUGGAUCGUUGCUGAUGGCUGACAUUCGCUGUCUUCCUGGAAUGGAAGGCAGUCCAGUUUUCAGCGAGCACGCAUGUCUUACAGGUGUCCUGAUCAGACCAUUGAGACAGAAGACAAGUGGAACGGAAGUACAGUCUUUGGUAACAGCUGGUGAUUCCAUGGGAAACCAUUGUGAAGGCUUCUAG